AUGCUCGCCGAGACCUUUCUCUUGUUGGCCUCCCUGGCUCUCGCCUCCGCCGCUCCGGCAAAGAGGCAAGCCGGCCCCGGCUGCUCCAAACCUACCGCUCCGACCCUCCCCAUCAACGGCAACGGCGCCGAACUUCCCUCGGCGGCAUCUGACCUCGUUCUGAAGCACAUCGCCCUCGGCCACGGCAUCCAGAACUACACCUGCGCCUCCACAAACAGCUCGGGCACAACAACCCUGACCCCCACCGCCGUCGGUGCCCUCGCCGGCCUCUACGACGCCCAGACUCUCUACCCGAACUCCGGCCCCGGCUCCCUCCCGUCCGUCGACGCCUUCAACGCCCUCACCACCAACGCCGUCUGGAGCGCCUCGCUACCCCUCGUCUCCGACGGCGUGUCCCCCUUCGGCGCCUCCACCUCGGCGCCCUUCAAGGCCUUCGCGGACCUCGUCCUCCCCAACAUUGCGCCCAUGAAGCAGAUCGGCGAGCACUUCUUUGACAACACGGGCGUACCCACAUUCAAGAUCGGCGAUGAUCUCUUCAAGGGCGCCAAGCUCAACGGCACAAAGGCCCCCUCGUCCGCCGACGUCGGCCCCGAGAAGACGGGCGCUGUGGACUGGCUGCUGCUGGGCGACAAGGGCGGCAGCAAGGGUGUGACGGCCGUCUACCGCGUCGUCACGGCCGGCGGCGUCGCACACAAGUGCACCACGGCCGGCGCCAGCGACAGCGUGCCGUACGCGGCCUACUACUGGUUCUACGGCCCCAAGGCCUGA